GUAUAGUUCCAGAGCGUAAGCUCAUGCUGUUAAUAACAUUUCUGUAGUAUGUUAAGUUUGGCAUUUUUGUUCUUAAAAAAUCGGGAAAAUAAAACAAAAUGUAUUUAACUUUGUUAAAUGGCACCGGUUACGUUUUCGAUGUGGAUGAUUACAUGGAGCUACGUAUCAAAUACCGCAUUGUGGGCGCUCUUGUGGGCACGGCCAACAGCAAAGGUUGGAGCUCCAGUGAAGCAGCUCUUCCCGUAGAGCUUACAAAAUGCGAGACGCAGCUGCUCAUAGAUGAAGGCCUGGCCAUGCUGGUCAGCAAAGCCGCAAGCUUAAUGAAAUCUCCAACUCCAGAAAUAUUGCAGGAAUAUCAAGAAGAUUUCGCGGCCCGCCUAAAAGCGCAAGCUGAUUCCUUGAAGGCGGAAAAGCUGCGGGAAACCGAACGCCAUGUGGAGAAAAUCCUCAGCGGCAAGCGCAACAAGUUGUUAAAGCAGGGGAAAUCGGAUGAGGCUGCUGCACUAACUCCCCAGAGCGUGAUCCAAGAAGUCGCAAAUAAUUUUGAAUUCGAUCAUCAAAAUGCGCUCGUGGAGCUGCCUUGUCCGCAUCUGGCUAAGCACACUGCCCAACUAUGGUCUGAUCCGAUUUGCGACCGCGACUCGCUUAAAUACCGGGUUUUUCGUGAUCUGUGGGGCCGUGGCAAGUUCGUCACUUGUGGCGAUGCCUUUGGCGCCGACUUCUUAAUAUAUCCCGGGGAUCCCCUGCUCUACCACGCCUCCCACAUUGUCAUCAUUCAGUCAACACCUGCAAUACGUCCCCUGGAGCUGAUUUCCAAGGUCCGCUUGUCAGUUAUUGUCAAUAAGAGCUGUGUGUUUGCCUAUGAGGCAGCUGAUGAAAAGACCAUCGUUUACCAAACAGUCGCCUGGUGCAAUCCUAGCAAAUAGGUAAUCAAUCUACAGAUAUUCAAGUUAAAUUGAUUACAAAUUAACUAAAGACUUUAAUAGUAAUAGAGCACUACUAAUAGGGUACUAUGAAUCCUAAAAUAAAUACUUUGUACUGUGGUACAAAGAGGUACAUAAAAUUAAUGAGGAAUUUACUUCGAAAUUUUAAAAAUUUUAAGUGUUUAUGUUAUU